GCAUAUCUUGCCUGUGUCCGUGGAUCCUGCUGUUGGGAGACGAGAUUGAAGAGGAAAGCUGCUCUAGAUUUCCAGGCGUGCACUGGGCGUUUUGUCUCCUUUUAGUGGCAGAGCAAAGAGAGAAAAACAUUUUCGGGAUGAAGAGGCGCGGCACUGAAGCUGGCCAUGGAUAAUGUUUAUGUAAUUGGAAAACGUACUACUGGACACGUAGAUAUUUAAACUUUGUGAAUUGGAGUAACGGAGGACCGCCAAUCCCACAGCACGGUCCAUUGUGCUGCUGUUGCUGCUACCUUAACGUUACUCGACUGCUGGCUGCUACUGGCUAGCUCGCUAACUUUGCUGUAUUAUCUUUUGUGUGGACUUGGGAGCUGUAGACUGCUAUCGUAAAAGGAAAAUUAAAACUUCGGUAAUGGUACAUAUCAAGCUUUAAAGAGAUCUACAUCUUUAAAGAGAUAUAAAGCUUGUUAGUUUGGUAGUUACUGGCUAGUCUAAACUAAAAGGAAUUUUCUGUAUUGGAGCAUCAUGGGAAGUGACUUGACUUCGUUUACGUUCGCGUUAGCUAACAGUUAUAUCUAGCUAACCGAAAUAAUGUUUAAGAUCUAAAAAAGUGUAAUGUGUCAAUGUUAUUAGUUAACGUUGAUUAGUUUUCUAUAUUCAUCCGCAAAGUGGUGGGUUCAGUUGAGAGAUUAAUGAGACUGCUGAGUAGCUCGCUUGCUAACGUUACGGGUAGUCUAAUUGAUUUUGAUGCCAUUCCGUUUUGGAAUACCCAUAGCUUGCUGCCUACCGGUCGCAUGUGGACACCUCACAUUACUGCUGCUAGCUGGCUUCCAAUGGAGCAUACUAGCUAGUGACAGUAGCUAGCCACGUUCCACACUGACACCGCAUAAAAUGUUAAUCCACUAAGCUCAUUUAAGACUACUAAUCCUAAAGAUGAAUUUGAGGAUGGGGAAUGAUAGAUGGAUAGCUUGAUGUAGCUUAACACUAUUAGCAAUAUAAAGACGCAAGCUUGAUGUAAAAGUACGAAGUGAACUAGCUAAGUUAAUUACCUUAGUCUAGUCAGCUAAUAAGUUAACUAAAAACUAUCUGAUACUGACUAGUGAGUAUACACUUUAGUCUAGCUAAUUUGCGUUGACAUAUAAGAACAAGGUCAGCCCCUUGGCUACGUUAGAUAGCUAAAUCAGCUGCCCGCUUGUUCUAGCCUGCGAAGUCAGCGUCAGUCCAGGGUGUGUUUCAAAACCACACAAUAUCUGCUGGACGUUUUCAUUUAACUACUAUUUCAAAGCCAUGGACUUGACGGGGGUGGAUUCAUUACCGGUGUCUGGGAUGUAUCACGGAGGUGUGUCCGGAUUGGAAACUGACUCUAUUGCGGACGACGUGGACUCUUUUCACGGGGGACUGAUGUCCUUGGAUCCGCUGGUGGAUAGGAUCCUUGCGGACUCCGUAUGCCAGCAGCAGGGAUGGAUACGCGUGUAUGACGUGAAGGGGCCUUCCACCCAUCGGCUCUCCUGCGGGCAGUCCCCGUACGUAGACCACAGCAUGUGGGACAGGAAGUACUGCAUUCUGACCGACAGCCAGCUCAUCCUGCUCAACAAAGAAGAAGAGUCACAGGUGCCAGUGGAGGUCACUCAUGAGAGCCCCACGGAGUCUUCCAAGGGCAGGAGUCUCCGCCGGACCGUCAGCGUGCCGUCCGAGGGCCAGUUCCCCGACUUCCAGACAGAUGGCGCCACCAAGCUGGAAGUGUCGGCCGACAGGUCUCCCAGGAGGAGGAGCAUCUCAGGACUGGGGAGUACAGAGAAGAACAUGUCUGUGGACGGACCAAACUCCUCCCCCUUCAAAGUGCCGGGCUUCUUCAGCAAGCGGCUGAAGGGAUCCAUCAAGAGGACGAAGAGCCAGACCAAACUGGACCGCAACACCAGCUUCCGGCUCCCCUCCCUGCGAUCCACCGACAGCGACAGGGCUCGAGGUCUACCCAAGCUGAAGGAGUCGCGCUCCCAUGAGUCUCUGCUCAGUCCUGGCAGUGCGGUUGAGGCGCUGGACCUAGGCAUGGAGGAAGACAUCUUUGUCAAACCCCUGCACAGCAGCAUUCUGGGACAGGAGUUCUGCUUCGAGGUGACGUACUCUGGUGGCAGCAAAUGCUUCAGCUGUUCCUCAUCAGCCGAGAGGGACAAAUGGAUGGAGAAUCUGAAGAGGACCGUGCAGCCCAAUAAGGAUAACUGCCGGCGGGCGGAGAACGUGCUGCGGCUGUGGAUCAUCGAGGCCAAGGACCUGCCGCCCAAGAAGCGCUACUUCUGCGAGCUGUGCCUGGACGACGUGCUCUACGCCCGCACCACCAGCAAGACCAAGCUGGACGGGCUCUUCUGGGGCGAGCACUUCGAGUUCGGCGGCCUGCCGCCCGUGCGCAGCGUCACCGUGCACAUCUACAAGGACGUGGACAAGAAGAAGAAGAAGGACAAGAACAACUACGUGGGCCUGGUCAACAUCCCCAUGGCCUCCGUCACCGGCCGCCAGUUCGUGGAGAAGUGGUACCCCGUGAGCACCCCCACCCCCAGCAAGGGCAAGGCCGGCGGGCCCUCCAUCCGCAUCAAGUGCCGCUUCCAGACCAUCUCCAUCCUGCCCAUGGAGCAGUACAAGGAGUUCGCCGAGUUCAUCACCAACAACUACACCAUGCUCUGCUCCGUGCUGGAGCCCGUCAUCAGCGUCAAGAACAAGGAGGAGAUGGCCUGCGCGCUGGUGCACAUACUGCAGAGCACGGGCAGGGCCAAGGACUUUCUGACGGACCUGGUGAUGUCAGAGGUGGACAGAUGCGCAGACCAUGAUGUCCUGAUCUUCAGAGAGAACACGCUGGCCACCAAAGCCAUCGAGGAGUACCUGAAGCUGGUGGGACAGAAGUACCUCCAUGAUGCACUGGGAGAGUUUAUCAGAGCUCUGUAUGAGUCUGAUGAGAACUGUGAAGUGGACCCCAGCAAGUGCUCCAGCAGCGAGCUGGCCGAGCAUCAGAGCAACCUGAAGAUGUGCUGCGAGUUGGCCUUCUGCAAGAUCAUCAACUCCUACUGCGUGUUCCCGCGGGAGCUGAAGGAGGUGUUCUCUGCCUGGAAGCAGCAGUGCUUGUCCCGGGGGAAGCAGGACAUCAGCACGCGUCUGAUCAGCGCCUCGCUGUUCCUGCGCUUCCUGUGUCCCGCCAUCAUGUCCCCCUCGCUCUUCAGCCUCAUGCAGGAGUACCCCGACGACCGCACCUCCCGCACCCUCACGCUCAUCGCCAAGGUCAUCCAGAACCUGGCCAACUUCGCCAAGUUUGGUAAUAAGGAGGAGUACAUGGCGUUUAUGAACGAUUUCCUGGAGCACGAGUGGGCGGGCAUGAAGCGCUUCCUGAUGGAGAUCUCCAACCCAGACACCAUCUCCAACACGCCGGGCUUCGAGGGCUACAUCGACCUGGGCCGCGAGCUGUCCGUCCUGCACGCGCUCCUGUGGGACGUGGUGUCCCAGAUGGAUAAGGGUGAAAAUUCCUUCCUGCAGGCAACAGCGGCCAAGCUGGGCCCUCUGCCCCGUAUCCUGGGCGACAUCGCCCGCUCGCUGUCCAGCCCCACCCCCCUCCAGCAGCAGCUCCGCCUUUUUCAGGACCACAGCUCCGCCCCCAACAUUAGCGGCAGCGUCUCCUCCGGGCUGCAGAGGAUAUUCGAGGACCCGGCCGACAGUGAAGUGCGCAGUAUAAAGACUCCGGUGCAGGAGAGGGACGGAUUUUUCCGGAAGGCUCCCCUCCUGGGCCAGCAGCCGUCCACGCAGAGCAUGAGUUUCUCCGACAAGGAGGAGCGCGACUCCGUGCUGCCGAACGGCCGCAGCGUGUCGCUCAUGGACCUGCAGGAGUCGCACGCGCCCCCCCCCGAACGCGCGCCCCUCAGCCAGGCCCCGCCCAGGCUCGGCCGCACCGGCUCCCAGGUCUCCAUCGGGGGCCCCGCCCCCCACCACCACCCCGCCCCCAGGCCCUCCCCGAGGGACAGCCUGCCCCAGAGCGCCCCCCAGACACGGCGGCCGCUGCCCCCCGCCCUGCAGCCGCUGUCCUUCCAGAACCCUGUGUACCACCUGAGUAACCCGGGCAACCCGGGGGUGGAGUCCAGCUCGGAGAACCUGAGCACGGAGAGCUCCCACUGUAGCACGCACAGCGAGGACUGUGCCACGCCCCGUCGGCACCCUGCCACGCCCAGACAGGGUGCCACCCACAUCGUCAGCACCUCGCGCUCCCUCCCCAUCAGUGUCGACUCCGCCCACCACGCUAGCGUCCGCCCUCAUGCUGACCCCGCCCACCAUGUCGCCGCUCGCCAGCAUCCGCAGAACCUGUCUGCCAGAGAGAGCCCCGUACCCAGAGCCAGAAUACACAAGCAACAGGCACCGCAGGCACAACAGGUGCAGUCGCCGGUGGAGUCUGUCUCUAUGUCCCCUGUAGAGAGGACUGCUGCCUGGGUGCUCAACAAUGGACAGUAUGAGGAGGAGGAGGCUGAGGCUCGAGAGAACAGCAAGCACGCAGAGAAGUACGAACAGGAGAUCACGCAGCUGAAGGAUCGCCUCCUGGUUUCGGGGCGGAGGCUGGAGGAGUGCGAGCAGCGCCUGCUGGCCCAGGAGCAGCAGAUGCAGAAGCUGCUCCUGGAGUACAAGGUCCGGCUGGAGGACAGCGAGGACCGACUGCGCAGGCAGCAGGACGAGAAGGACAGCCAGAUGAAGAGCAUCAUCUGCAGGUUGAUGGCAGUGGAGGAGGAGCUGAAGAGGGACCACGCAGAGAUGCAGGCCGUGAUCGAUGCCAAGCAGAAGAUUAUCGAUGCGCAGGAGAAGAGGAUCAGCUCCCUGGAUGCUGCAAACUCGCGGCUCAUGAGCGCCCUCACGCAGGUGAAGGAGCGCUAUAGCAUGCAGAACCUGCGCAACGGCCUCUCGCCCACCAACCCCACCAAGCUGUCCAUCACCGAGAACGGGGAGUUCAAGAACAGCAGCUGCUGAUCCACCUACCCGCGCGCCCACCACUGACCCGGGCCCUGGGUGUACAUGUAUAUAUCAAUGUCCACCUGUGCCCCUGGCUGUACAUGUAUAUAUCAAUAUCUGUGACCGCUCUUGUACAGAGAUGUAAGAUACUGCCAUGGAGGAGUGCGGGGAGAAGGGGCGGAGCUUGUUAGAUAUUGUAAUGAGUUAGUGAGUUUUGUGUUUUAUAAAUAAUAUUGUUCUCCUGACCAGAUCUAGUGAAAGCAGAGUUUUAAGAGAUUUUUAAGUAUUGUGUAAUUUAGAGAUGAUUUAGCAGGGUGUAUAUAUGAAGAGAAAUUUGUUUUGACAAAAAAAGAAUAAGCACAUAGGAAAUGGAUUGAGCGGUUGGGGAAAGAGAGAAUUAUCACUGACAGAAAAGAAAAGGACAUGAUGAGUCAGAUACUUUUAUGCACUCCGUUUGCCUAACCCAACCUUUUUUUAAUCUUUUAUUUUGUGCUUUUUCCUUGACAAUGUGUUGUAUUCCUUUUGAUAAGAUUGAAAUGCUUUUAUUAAACCUGGAUAACUGGUCCACUCUCCGUGUGGGCGCAGCAACACCCACAAUGCCCUACUGUUCAGGGUCACAUGACCUGGGUCAGCCGGCUCCAGCAUGUGUGCGUUUAUUUAUUCAGUUAGUCAGGACUGUGGGGUCCAUGUCUUAUAACCCCACUGACUGUGUGCGGUUUCCAGUUUCUUAUAAAUGACUACUGUUAAAACUGUU